AUGGCAGUAAGAAAGAUUUCGUGCUGUCUAAUUGCAGCGAGUAGCUUAAUACUACUACUGUUAUUUUUUGGAAAUCUACUUAACAUUUAUGACAGAUCUUCGAUUUUGAAGUUGAAUAACAACGAUCGAGAAAGAUCCAAGCCUGCGGUUUCAAGCGCCAUAAGAUGGGACAACUACUCACAAUUCACCAGAGAUCUUGACUUUGAAAACAGUACGGCCCUUUUUAAUUCUGUGCGGGCAGCUCUGAGACAAGCCGCCUCCGACAUUCAUCCUGUUGGAGUUUCCUACUUCCCUGCUGUCAUUCCUGAAGGAACUUUGAUGUAUCAUGCAGGGCCAACACCUCCCACAACUUUCGAAUGGCUGGCAAUGGACCAUGAGUUUAGUUAUAGUUUUGGACUUAGACCCCCAUCCUAUGGAAGAAAAUCAUUGAAGAAGCAAGGACGUCGUCCAUACAAUCCCUUAGGCGGCACAGAUGAGAAACCCGAGUCAAGCGCCAAGAUGCUCACUUAUCGAGCGAGUAAAGACCUGAAUAGGCUGUUCUACCUCGACGGUGCGUCUGCAGCAAAAACCGAAAACACAGGUGAAAUGGACACUCAAGAAAUGCUGUCUAACGUCAUCAAAACCAAGCUGAAUCUGACAGGCGAUGAUGAAGAUAUGAUCAUGAAAGAAAGACUAUUUGCAUCUAGAAUCUGCAGAUGGGGGAAACCACUAGGUCUACAAGGUAUAGUGAGGGUUGAGGUGGGGUUUGAAGUAAUUUUAUGCGACUUUCUCUCUGGUGAUGUUGAAUUGGUCUCUUCCUUGGAGAUGGUCUCUCCUGGUGAGUACUUUGAAUUACCUCCACCAACAGUCGUUUCGAAGGACAACGGAUGGCCCCUUGAUGGUGACAACAACUUAGUAGAAGAAGAUCUUACUGAGGAGCAGAGGGCUACGCUUGACAGAGAAGACUCAUGGGAAGAAAAGUUAUCCAGAUUUCGCGCAAUCAAAAGCUUCAACUGGUUGCGUGCGGGUGCAAUUCAUGACAAAGGAGAGCAGAGGAUUCAACUAGACUACAGGUAUUUGAUAACCGGCAUUAACAGAACGUACAUCAACAAUGAUCCCAACAAUAGAAGGUUGUUGAAUGAUGGAAUGACUUGGGACAAGCAGUUACAAAUGGUUUCUAAUCUCGAACAGGCCUUAAAAAUAGGUUUCGACGCAACCCAAAGCACGAACUGGCAGCAGGUUUUCGACGAAAUAAGUGAUAAAUUUGCACCAAUGUUGAAGAUUCUGGGAGGCAUUUUGGACCGCAACGACACUUCAGUUGAAGAAAGGGCCAUUAAUGCGACCGCUGUCACACUGAAUUUCUGUCUCAGGUUCAUGUCGAAAAAAGGGGAUGACACUCAGUUUGGCGACGAUCAGAACUUUGCUGUUUACCAGUACGUGAGACCAUUGAAGGAACUGCGAACCGAUGCCGAUUAUCUGGUUUGGUCUGCGGCUGUCAAUGUUGUCAGCAAGAUUGUCCAAGUAAUUUACAAGGUCAACGACUUAUUGACUCCGAUCGUGAGCUCUUCGAUGCUCAAAGUUUCUUUGCAGGAUAUCGAAACUAUUGAAAUUGCUCAGAAAGAAGUCGAAGACUUGAUUCACUCUUUGGGGUGGAUUGAGUUUCAAUACCGCUGCAAGAACGUUUGUCAGUGGGAUGAAAUUUGCUACACCCCAUCCUGGGGCCCGUCACCUAUGGGCAGACAAGUACCAGGUUCGACGCAGGCCAAAAAGGGAACACAUUACGAUGAGUUCCGUAGGAGGUUAGUUAUCGACAAUGAACUCCAAUGUAUAAAUGUUGAUGACAUGCUACGCAACGCAGGGUUUUAA